UUGUCGCUCACUAAUAGCAGCCCUCAUCAUAACAAUUCAUUUUCUAAUAACAAUAAUACCGUCAUAUCAUCCGAUGAUACAGUGCUAGUGUUGACACAUAUUUUCGCUAAUAAUAACAACACGACUGUCGCCGACUCGGCCAACAGCUCACUCACAGAUGGCCACCAAAUCAUGUCCCACGACAUGAUGUAUAUCAUCAUUACGUCGGUCAUCCUGGGCUUCCUCACCCUCAGCACAGUCAUCGGCAAUGUGUUUGUGAUCGCAGCCAUAUUUCUCGAGCGAAACCUGCGAACGGUUGGCAACUACUUAGUGCUGUCGCUGGCGGUGGCCGACCUCAUGGUGGCCUGUCUUGUCAUGCCUUUGGGCGCUGUGUCUGAAGUGACCCAACAGUGGACUUUGGGACGAGUGUUGUGUGAACUCUGGACGUCGGCCGACGUGCUCUGCUGUACGGCCAGUAUCCUACACCUCCUGGCCAUCGCUGUCUUG